UAGCAUUGAGUGUAUGGCAGGAGGGGGUAAAAAUAUCGCAGGUUCUGCCAGCACUGGCCUCGUGACCGCUGAUUCAAAUAAAUAUAUACAAUACUAACUGUCAUAUUUGUUAAUAAAUUUAAUUGAUUUUGCUUAUAGUUGUUUUUAAAGUUUAAAUAAAAAAAAAAAGUUGUAAUAAUAAAAUAAAUUUGAAGAAGCUUUUGUUAAAAUAAUUUAAAACUAGAGAUCAACGAUAGUUUAUUUUUUAAAUAAUAAAUUACCCAGGAAUAAAAAAAGUGAGGUUAUAAUAAAAUUGAAUUUUUGGCGGGAUAUAAAAAUAACAAAUUUUUAAAAAAUUAAAAAAAUGUUGGACACGAAGAGUGAUCCAGCGAUCGUUAAAAAUUUCUUGGGACACAAGAAAGGCAUCACCAGUGUCAAGUUCCAUCCGGAGCAGCACAAGGUGGCCACGAGUAGUCUGGACAAAUCCUUCAUAAUUUUCGAUUUUAAAAACUCUUCUCGUUGCAAUCGGUACCUCGCUCACACCGAUGCCAUCAAUGACAUAGAUUACACUCCUUCUGGUGAAUUGGUAGCCACUGCCUCCAAAGACAGGACUGUCAGAAUAUGGGUACCCAAAGUUCGUGGGCAGUCGCUGGAUUUCCGAGCUCACAGUAGUUCUGUCCGGUCUGUUCAAUUCAGUGCUGAUGGAAAAGAGUUAAUAACAGCAUCCAAUGAUAAGAUCAUAAAGUUAUGGAAGAUUCAUCAGCGUAGAUUCUUAACAUCCUACAUUGGUCAUACACACUGGGUUAAUUCUGCCAGAUUUUCACCAGACAGCCGUUUGAUUGUCUCGUGCAGCGAAGAUAAAACAAUCAAAAUAUGGGAUGUAGCCAGCGGACAAUGCCUCAGAACGAUCAAUGAACUCAAAGCGCCUCCAUUGUAUGUUGAAUUUCAUCCUUCCGGUGGAGCUAUCGGCACUGGCAAUGCUGAUGGGUCUGUUAAAAUUUAUGAACUACGCACUGGGUCACUGCAUCAGUACUAUGCAGCCCACAUUGAUGCUGUCAAUAAAAUUUCCUUUCAUCCAAAUGGUAAUUUUAUGCUGACUGCUUCCGAAGAUUCAACAAUGAAGAUUCUGGACAUACUGGAAGGAAGACCAAUCUAUACAUUGAAGGGACACACGGGUGGUAUUUCUGCAGUGUCAUUUUCACCAACUGGCGAAUACUUUGCAUCUGGUGGACGCGAUAACGAGCUACUGGUUUGGGAAUCAAAUCUUGAGCAUCACGAAUCUCAAAGAUCUCCGAGGAAAAAAACUUCGACAGACACUCUGGAGAUUGAAAAAGAGUUAAAGUCUUUGCAGUUCGGUGACGAGACUGAAGGAUCUCAUGACUUGAAAGACAACAAAAAUAAAAAUAAUAUUAGCCCUGAGUUGUUGGUGAGUUAAUUUAUUAUUACAACCAACAUUUCAUACAAUCACUGUGCGGAAGUCUCGGACAAUGGAGUUUUAACAAAAAAAAUUCUUCAGCUCAGCAACAAGUUGACGCUAAAUUAAAAUCAUUAAUUUAAUUUAGUCAGGCCAAAAUUUCAUGAAAAAGAUGAUUGUUAUCCAAGCUAAUGAUUAAUGAUCUUGACGAUUCUGAUACUAAAAAUAGCAGACCAAGUUUUUACUUUGAGUUAAAAAAAUACAUACAUUCAAAAUAUGAACGUUAAAUUUUUUGCUUGCAUUGAAAUUUUUUUUCUAUUUUUAU